AUGGAGGAGAGGAGGCAAAGAGAAGAGCAUAGAAAAGCCAUGGAGCUGAGAUGGAGACAAAAAGGAGACAGGAGAUGGAAAGAGAAAGAACUGAAGAGACAGAAAGAGCUUGAGAAAAAGUCAGAGGAAGAGGUCACUCACUAAAAAAGAGAGGGACUAAAAGAGAGGGACAAAACCCAGUUGGCCAGGUUAUAUGACAUGAGAGAAAAAGCUGCAGAUAACUUUUGGCUCCAAACAACAUUGGACAAGCAAAUAGAGUUGGUUAAAGAUAGGGAGAGAAUUAUGAGAGAGGAUGCGAAAAUGAAAGAAUCAGAGAAGAGAUGGGAGGAGGAGGAAAGACAACGGCAGGAAUGCGGACAAGAGUCUGAUGAGGCAAGACGACAGUGGCAGGAGAAGCAUAGACUAGCAGUCAUGAGGAGAAAGGAGAAAGAGAAUAGGAAAACCAUCGAGGAAAGGAGUCAGUACAGGAGAGAAGAGGAGCAAAGAAUAAAAGAGAUGGAACUAGAAAUGAAAAGGCAAGAGAAACUCAAGGAGGAGAAAAUAGCAGAUACAAAGGAGGAUUGCACAGUCGUAAAGAAGGACGAUGCAGAAAUGAAACGCAAAAGCAGAGAGAAGGUUAAGAAUGCGUGGGGGCCAGAGAAGGAAGCUACAGAGAAGGAAGUGUCAGAGAAGGAAGUGACAGAGAAGGAAGUGUCAGAGAAGGAACAGUCAGCGACAAACAUGGAGAAGAAACGUGGUUUCUGGAGACAGUUCUGGCAGAAAGUAAAACCAAAAAAGAAGGCAACAAAAGAGGAGAAGAAAAGAGCCAGACUGGCUGAAAUUGAAGCGUAUGUGGAGAAACUGAACAAAGAGGCCGACCGUAACAUAAAGGCCUUUGAGGAUACGUAGUCUACACCUUCAGUUGGGGCCUCAGAUCAGUCAUGGCGGCCGCCUGGAGGGAAAUCAAGAUAGGGUCAAAUUAAAAAUUCCCUUCAACCCGUUUUUUAAUCUAACUUGUAAAAGGAAGGAUACUUACCCAUUGCUCUCCCCUGCAACAGCUCUAUAUCGUGUCUAGAAGGAUGGAUGACAUUCUGCUGCUGACCUUGAUCACCAGGACCUCUACAACAUCUCCACUACAUAUACAGGCUUUUCCUCAAACGAACGAAUGAACCUUAUCAACCUUGAACUAAUGAACCUUAAUAAAGUUGACAUAUUGACCACAUGCUUUUACAGUGCAAUGUUGAUUCAAAUAAAGGUUUUAUUGAUGCAUGGCAACAACAACAAACAACAUCAUCAACCGUUAACCUAAGCUAACCAACACUUCCUUCUUCAUGAACUACCAUGUGAUGACACAGAUGGGGUUGGGUUUAGCUCAGUGCAAGACAGCCUGGAAGAAACCAGGCUAACCACAUUGUGGAUGAUCACCCUCUCCCUGAAUGUGCUGCUUUGGAUUUAAAGCUGUGAAAUGUUAGAUUGUGUGUAUGUAAUGAGGAGAUGGGUUGAACACUGUGCCAGCAGGGGGAGACAGACCUAAACUUUUGAAGAUUAAGAAUGUUGGUACUGAUGUCACACUGGUAGCCCCGCCCUCCUCUUCUUCAUGUACAGGACCAUGCUGAAUGCCAGCAGGUCAUCAGGUCGUCA